CCCCCACCCCACCCCACCCUCCGAGCUCCAACGUAGCUCCGACCCUACCUCCAAUGGUCAGUUUUCAACAAGUUCAGCUUAUAAGGCUAUCUCACCAGUGGACACGACAAAACCAGCAAGUUUUUUGGCAGAAGAUCUUGCACCUCAACGUCCCGGAAAGAGUUAGAGUCUUUGUUUGGCUUGCAGUCAAAGGAAAACUCUCGACUAAUAGUGUGAGGAAGUUUAGGCACCUCACAUAUGAUGAUAAAUGUCCUGAAUGCAAAGAGGUUCCAGAAACCAAUUUUCAUUGUCUCAGAGACUGCGUCGUCGCCAAGGCUGUUUGGUCGAAGAUCAUACCCAGCAACCGCCAACAACAAUUUUUCGGAGUUGAAGUUGAUGAAUGGUUUCAGAAGAAUUUAAUGGACAACUCCCAAGGUGGAUGGCCAGGUGAUUGGGCAAGUUACUUCUGCCUCCUAACUUGGUACAUCUGGAAAUGCAGGAAUGACACUGUUUUUAAAGGAAUUCGGAUGUCUCCGUCAACCUUGCACAACUAUGUUACCUCGAAAGCUUCAGAGUGGAUCAAAGCAUGGGAGUCAGGCAAAGUGGGAAACAGAUCUAUUAACAAGCUGCCCAGAAGUGAGAUUUUAAUUAGCUGGAGUGCCCUGCCAGGCGGUUAUGUGAAACUAAAUUCAGAUGGAGCAGCCCAGAUCACUUCAGGAGUUGCGAAUGCAAGAGGUGUCCUACGCAACAGUUAUGGGGAUUGACUUGGAGGAUUCUGCAGUAAGCUUGGGACAGGAUCAGCAGUCAUGGCCGAGUUGUGGGGAAUUUAUCAUAGCUUGCAAUUCGCCUAGAAGAAAGGGUUUCAGUAUCUCAUCCUGGAAACUUAUUAGAAGCUUGCGCUGGAUCUUAUUGAGAAAUGUACUGGCCAUGCUCACCCGUAUGCUACUUUACUUGGAGCCAUCCGCAGAUUUUUGACUCAAGGAUGGGUGGUUCGUCUUAUUCAUACGUACGGGGAAGGGAAUAGAGUCGCGAACUGGCUCUCGAAGCACACUCUCGUCUAUCCCUUUGGUAUGCAUGAAUUAGAAGACCCCCCACUGGAUUUGAAUCAACUCCUUCAUGAAGAUAUUGUAGGAUUUAGUUUUCCUAGGAAAGUUCUUUGAGAUGAUCUGAGUGUUGUUUAAGUUGUUGGGGUGGCCCUUCCCUUGGAAGUUUUGUUUUUUGUUUGCUCCCCGGUGUAACCAACCCAAUCCUAUCUAACCACAUCCGGUGUAACCACAUCUGGUCUAACCACCAAAUCUGGUGUAACCACCAGCAAAAUACCAACGAAUAUCCUAUCAUUAUCUCCUAAGCCUUGGUCUAGCAACAGUGCCUCUGUAACUAUGCUUUUGCCUCCUCAUAAAUAAAUAAAUAAAAUUACC